CCUAUAGAAGGGUUACAGGGAGACAGAGAGAUUGAGAGAGAGAGAGAGGGGGAGAGACCGCUGGUGCUCAACUGACUCGACUCGAGUUCAACUCGGUCUUGCCUCUGGUCUGGGAAAAUGGAGAGCUCACAAAACCCCAGUUUAAAACACCCAGUUCCCGCCGACGAAUCCCAGCUCGACCUUUACACCAUCCCUACCCACUCCAGCUGGUUCUCCUGGGACGACGUUCACGAAACCGAGAAACUCCAUCUACGAGAUUUCUUCGAUGGAAGUUCAAUCACCAGAACACCCAAAAUCUACAAAGAGUACAGAGAUUUCAUUAUCUCCAAGUACAGAGAAGAUCCUUCCAGACGGCUUACCUUCUCGGAGGUGCGUAAAUCGCUUGUCGGCGACAUCGGUUUGCUUCACAAGGUGUUCUUGUUUCUGGAGAAGUGGGGCUUGAUUAAUUUUGGUGCACCUGCGAGUGAGGAGGAUUUGGGAGAAGAGGAGAGUCAGGGGAGGUGGAGGGUUAGGGUUGAGGAGGGGGCUCCUAAUGGAGUCCGUGUCGUGGCGGUUCCGAAUUCGUUGAAGCCUGUUACGGUGCCGCCGAGUGGGAGUGAUAAUGGUGGUGAAGUGGUGGAGAAUGGAUUCAAAUUGGCUCCCCUGGCGUCUUAUAGAGAUGUGUACAGCGAGCAGAAGGAGACGCUAUGUAUGAAUUGCAAAGAUCGUUGCGAGUCAGGACAUUAUGAAUGCAAAAAGGAGGGAAGCUUCAUAAUUUGUGUGAAGUGCUUUAAGAAUGGAAAUUAUGGGGAGAACAGGUCUGUGGAUGAUUUCAAGUUCAUUGACUGCACUCCAGACAGUGGGAAUCAUGCAGCUGUUUGGACUGAAGCAGAAACUUUGCUUCUUUUAGAAUCUGUCUUGAAGCACGGAGAUGACUGGGAUCUUGUGGCCAAAAAUGUUAAAACUAAGAGUAAAGUGGAUUGUAUUUCAAAGCUGAUACAACUGCCUUUUGGGGACCUAAUGUUGGGAUCCACCCACAGAAGUGGUAGAUUGUGGGAUAAUGAUGGCAACCUGAGUAGUGUCAAACAAGGACAAAUAGCUUCACCAGAGUCUCAUUCUCAAGAGAAUAUCAGGACAGAGGAUCAAUUUCAUGGUGUUAAGAAUGAGAGCAAGCAGAAUGGAGAUACUGAGAACCAAGUUCCUCCUCUAAAGAGAGCAUGCACUACUUCGCCUUCAGAUACAGGCAGUUCACUGAUGAAACAGGUAGCUCUCAUCUCUUCUAUGGUUGACCCAGAUAUUGCAGCUUCUGCUGCUGAGGCUGCUGUUACGGCACUUUGUGAUGAAAAUCAAUGUACAAGAGAGAUAUUUGAUGGUGAUGGUUAUGGUGAUGGUGAUGAAGAUGAGGAGUUAGGAUCUUCCCCCCAAAAUAACAAGAAACAGAGAGUCCUCCAGGUUGAUGGUUCAGAGAUUGAGGAAAGGUCCACUGAAUUAGAUUCUCAGGCAACAUCCUCUGAAAAGAAUGCUAUACCUUUAACUUUUCGAAUGAGAGCUGCAACAGCAACAGCUCUUGGUGCUGCUGCUGCGCGUGCCAAGCUAUUGGCAGAUCAGGAAGACCGGGAAAUAGAAUGUUUAGUGGCAACCAUUGUCGAAACACAGUUGAAGAAGUUGCAACGCAAAAUCAAGCAUUUUGAUGAUCUAGAGCUUAUAAUGGAGAAGGAAUACGCCCAACUGGAGGAUAUAAAAGAGUCUAUGAUAGUGGAGCGGAUGAAUGUUUUACAUAGAGUAUUCAAUGCAGGGGCAUCUAGAUGGAAGGAUCAAACUUCUGUAAAACCACCUCAGACGGGUAGUGUACUUUGAUUGAGUCUGACUUGAAAAUUCUGGUUCUUUUAGAUGUUUAUUAUGUUAGGAAAAGAAAAAGGGAGAUCCAAAAAGAGGAGAUCCAGCAUAAACUUGCUGGGCUUCUAGUGUAUGUAACAUGUUUAGUUCUUCAUUCUCGAGUGGACAGAACUUGCUUUUGGAUGUCAAUCCAUUUGAGAACCGCUGUGGAUGAUUCUUGUCCUUGCUAAUGGUUAUAUUUCAAGAUGUUAUGCUCUUCCAUGUA